GUUAGAGGACUAUGCAAAUACCUUUUUUUUUAUAAGCUUCCAGUUAAUCAAAAGCCAAGUUCCACUGCUUAUUGAAGAAGAGUGUAGUUGCUCGUAUUCAAAAGACCAACUAAAGUCUUGCAUUAAAAAGAGAUGCGGUUGGUCAUUCGUGACUGUAUUUGUUGCGCAUUGUUUGCCAAACAAUAAGUUCCACCUCUGACAAUUAAACUUACUUCUUUUUCCUUUUCACUGCUUCAAUGAGCACCAUCCCUCCUCAACCUACACUAGUUAGAAAAAAUACGCCCCCUUUAUCUCCAGGAAGGCUAAGAAUAACCAUAAAGAAUUGUUUUCUUAAUGUACCUGUAAAAAAACCUUAUAUUACUAUCACUUUAGGAGAUCAAUAUCAUAAAACUUCUAUAUCUGAAUAUUCAGAAGGUGCAUGGAAUGAAGGAUUUGAACUCAAAGUCACCUACCACAACCAAUUGUUUGACACAAUUCAACUCGACCUUUAUGACAGUAAUACAUUCUUUCUUGACAAACAUAUUGGAAGAGCCGAAAUCCGUCUACGAAACCUUGAAGGCAUGCCCGAUAUAUUUACCAGCUAUUACGAAGUGUUUGAAAAACGAUUGUCUUUAGGUGCCACAUCUCAAGUGAGUCGAAAAAUGACAUCAGGCGUUGGUGCGAUUCAAGCUGAGAUUGCAUAUCAUUAUCGGACUAGUACUAAAUUAAGUCCAACGGAUGUCGAUCGUUCAUCGCCUGCGAUGGAUUUCUCAGAAAUGAAUUGGCUUAUAGAUCAACACAAGCGAGCUUUGUCUUCCUCUUCACUAGACAAUGUAGACACAAACCAGAACCAGAAUGCUUCGGACUCAGAGAUGAUUGCAGAGUUCAACCGACAUUUAAAAAGUCAGAGAGACAACGAACACAUUCAAUUUAGAAAAAUAGAACAGCAUGGCAAUUAUACUGACACAGACCAAGAUUACCCAGAUGAUAGUACAGAAGAAGAGCAAGAAGAAUUGACAACAGAAAACAUAAAGCGACCUCUGACGUAUUCUGUGUCACGCGCCAGUAGUAGCACAGUCAAAAUAGACGAUCUACCACCAUCAGAAAAUAUAAAUACGGGUGGUAUAUUAGAUACUGUUUCAUCCUUUUUUGGCUAUACAAAAGAGAACCAGACCAAGACGUCUCGAAAAGAGUUGCUCGUACCAGAUGAUGAUACACUUAAAUCAUUUCCACUCUUGGAUACAAUUGGAUCAUGGACAAUGGCAAAGGAAACAAACCAAGUGUUUCGCGCAAUUGGGAAGCUACUUAUUGCCUUCGGACAAGGGUUUGAACUCUCGAACCUUCAGAUUUUAGCGGGAUUCAAUGUUGUGGAAAAGUUUUACAGUGACCUGCCUCGAGAACGUACCUGGGAUUUGGUAGAAGAUAUGUCAGAAGUUGAAAUGGCAUCAUAUAUGUGGAGAUAUGCAAUUGCAUCUUAUGGCUGGAAAGGACUCAAUUUUAUUGGUAAAGGCAAUGGAUAUAUUUCUGAUGCAGUCAGAUCUCAAUCAGAUGCCCUCUCUAUCUGCGAACACCUUCAGAUCCCAAAAGAAGAUUUGUUGGCUUAUGAGCUUAGAACAGGGGCUGCUUUUCGGCCUAGUUACUAUAUCGCAAGAGAUAGAAAACUGAACGCUAUUGUUUUGAGUAUCCGAGGAACAAUGAGUACGUUUGAUACAAUGACAGAUCUUGUUUGUGAAUAUGAGCCCUGGAAAGGCGGAUUAGUGCAUAAAGGAAUGAAGUCUUCAGCAAACUGGUUCUUUCGAAACGUAGCGCCUAAACUGAUUGUCUAUAUAAACAAGCACUCAACAACUUCGCUUUACAUUGUGGGUCAUAGUCUGGGUGCAUCUACUGCAGCCAUUCUGACCAUCAUGUUACAAGACUAUAUCAAAGAGUUCAGAAAAGGAACAGACAAAGAAUUCAGUAUCCAUAGUUUUGGCUAUGCACCUGCAUGUGGAUUAAGUUUGAACCUAGCAAACAAAUACAAAGAUCAAAUUCAGUCAAUUGUGUUUGCCGAUGAUUUUGUCAGUAAAUUGAGCUAUGGAUCUAUGAUGGACGUUAAAGAAUUGAUUAUUGCAGGAGCUGAAGCUGCAAAAGACUUAGGUUUUGGACAGUUGAUUUGGUCGACUGAGGUAGACAACGAGGCAUGGAAAAAGGCUUUUGAAAGAAUAUCUGAAUGUCGUAAGCGAUGCUUAGAAACUAUGUCUAAUCCAAGAGUAAGUAUUACCUUGAAAUGCUAGUAUUCAUGUUUCAUUGUAGCUUUAUGUAGCAGGAACAGUUUAUCAAUUCUGGCUGGUAAUAUUUAUUGUUUGACAUUUGACUGUUGUCCAUUGAUAAUUUUAAUAGGAUCCUACACCCAACAAUGAUUCCCGUAUUGUGAUUGAAAGAACAACGCCUGAAAAAGUGUCAACUGAACUUAUUAUUCGCAUGUCCAUUGUGCUUGAUCAUUUACCAACCAAUUUUGAUGUCGCAUUCAAAAGAGCAAUUGAGUCAUUGAUGAGCGCCAAAAGAGGUGAAAACAAAGACCAAGAGAGCCUUGAUAAGUCUUCUACAAAAGACAAGGCAUUUGAAUCUGUUGCUGAAAUUGGACUCAAAGGAACUACAGAAAGAGGUGGUGGUGAAGGCAAUGUUUUGGGUCAAAAAGAAGCACGAUAGAUACCACUUUCUAUAAAUAAAUUGUAGCAAUUACGUACAUGCAA